CGCCAGACGUUGUCUCGUAUGCAGUCCAUCAAGAGUCACUCUACACACUGGAGAGCCACGUGUAGUUACCCUGCACACGGGGUAGACUACAGGGACUACGUCAGGGGAAACUUCAAGGACUUCGACAUCAUGACCUUCCUUGGUGGUGGAGUGUGUAAGAAAGUGGAGUACAUCAACAUCCGUGGACAUAUCGGCAUCCACACGACCUCUAAAUGGUGGCAACAACGGAAUAUAAACACCUUGCACGUUGACAGUGGCAAUUCUGGCUGUGGAUUCGUGCCAGUCGCAGGAUCAGCUUCAAGCGAAGACAACUUUGGUUAUUACGAUUUCUCCAACCCCAAUUUCCGCUGUACCGCUAACGACAAGUCAACAACCCAGUGGUGGUUCGGUGGUCAUCUUUGAACAAGAAAACUUGUUCCGGACUCACUCAGGACACGCGAGAAUCUAAAAUCCUAUUAAAACGAUGAAGAAUUUAGUUUGCAAUAAGAAAUUAGACUUUUAAAUAACCAAAAGAAAGUUAACUUGAAAAGGGAUUUAACUAAAUUAUAAAUAUAUGUAUUACACUAGCAAUUAAUUUGUUAGUUUUUCUGAUCAGGCGGCAUUGAGUCUCGUUAACUCAGUAUGACGUUAACGUACUUUUCUUAAUGCAUUGUAAACGAUAACGAUAAGAAUAAAGAUCAGCGUUGGAAAAAUACAA